AUGUCUGAUACUUCUCCCAACGGACCCGGCACCGGCGUCCACCGCCGCAGCUCAAUCACACAGGCUGCCUUGUCCAAUCUGUUCUCUCGAGGCCCUUCAAACGCUCCGGCUGGUCCCCCGUUCCCCAACGGCAACGGCAACGGCAAUGCCGAUGCGCAGAGACGCCGCUUGUCAAUCACCACCAUUGGACUCUCCGGCACGUCACCCACGGAUACCUCCUCUUCCUUCAUGCGACGCGGCAGCAUGUCCACCAACUCGAAUUCGGACUCCAUCAACGAAAACGCCAUUGAGGAUGAAGAGUUUGGCGGCCCUAGAACGGCCCCGACCACGCCCUUUGCCCGGCACAUGAGCUUUGGAGGCAAUGCUGCCAUGCGAAACUUCCGCAACGGGAGCAGCCCUGGAAAUGCAGACCAGUAUGGCUUCAAUUGGUCCGAACAGCUUAGAUCCCGCGCCGAGAGCUCCGUCACCGGAACCCGCCCCUCCUUUUCUUUCCAAGGCACCGGCUCCCAUUCUCCUCCGAGAGCCAUGCCCAACCAUGACCGCUCAAAGUCCAUUUCCGACAUGCCACAGCCUCCCGUACAGGCGUCCACUGUCAAGCCCAAGCAGCCAGAGCGCCCCAAGCCCGAUGCUUUCCAAGAGAGAAUUCUCAAGGGCGACUUUUACAUGGACUGAGUCUGCCAUGUAUGGGCAUUUCUGCUGCUAGUAUAUCACGCCAUCACAACAUUUACUGCUAUUACGACAACUGAGAAGCGACUACAAUCUAUUUCGCUCACUUGCGCGGAGCUGACACUUUUUUGCUAUUCCAUGUCUGUUUCAUUUCUGCCAUUUAUUCACUACCAGCAUCUGGCUCCAUACCACGUGAGAACGGAUGUUGUCGACCAGCGAGUCGACCUGCAGUCCAUGAUGGUAUGCGAGUGCAUUGCGUUUUAUUCCUUUGACCGUCACAUAUUUUUGCACUUGAAAUUUUAUUCUGUGUUUAGCGACAUGACUAUUUCGUUCCAAAGUUUGCUGCUUUGCUGGCGCACGAUGCUAUUUUUUGUACGAUUUGAGGGCCACUGAUGCCGCUGACAUUCCUGGGCGGCUGUAUACUCUACGCACUGCUGCAGUUGGCUUGAACCUGGAUCAGCCGGAUUCACCAAAGAAAAAAAAAAUACAUAAAAUGGGCACAUAUUACGGUGCAGGAAGAAAAAAAAAAGCCAACAGACAAUGUGCAGAAUGGUAAUUCUUGGAGGGAUUCUUUCUAUAUGAAGAGCCACAGGCGAUGUGUGUGGGUGUUAAACAUAUGAUCAAACCAUCCAUGACCCAACAGGAGACGAAAGGCUGGGCACACACAAUGGCGGCCUUGGGACUUUAGUUCUCACGCAUGUAUAAUUAUCAGAUUUUUCUUUUUUCUUGUUUUCUUUUGCGGGGGCAUCUUGGCGGAGACAAAUGGGCCAAAGAAUGAAUUACGAUCUGCAGGACAGAGGAGGUUGGACGUCGUCGGCAUGACGAUGUGCUGGCGCUGGCGUUGCUGAUUUUCGAGCGUUGGGAAAUGGCCAACUCUUAUUGCUUUUUCCAAAAGGAACAUGGGCCAUGUUGAUUUUAUGUUAGUUUGUACAGGAGUGGGAAUCUAAAUAAAAAAAAUGAAAUCAC